UGCUGGCCGUCCAAUCCCCUCCCUCUCUCUUCCUCCUCUUCCUCCAUUAGGAUGAGCUUAUGGCGAGAGAUGGGAGCAAAAAAGAAGAGCCUGUAACUGACGUACGUAGAGAGAGGGAGAGAGGAGAAGGGUGGCCGUGGGGUGAUCGAUCCGAUCCAGCCACCGCCGCCGAGCCCCACAACAGUACAGCCGACGACGGACAAGCUUCUGUUCUGCUCCCUUUUGUUCUCUCUAGUUCCUAAAUUUCCCCAAUUCCCUUCGUUUCCUUGCCUUUCCUUUUCUUUGCUUUCAAAUGAAACCAAACCAAUUCAACUUCGAUUAAAUUAUUUGCUCCUCUCGACCUUCGAUUUCUCUCUAUCUAACAAAAAUAAAAGCAUCGUGUUUCUAGAUCUUUUAUACGCCAGAUAAUGAACUACACAAGGUGAAAGAUCACAUGCAUGCAUACCGAUCACCCCACACCACCCGUCAUGGCCGCCGCCGUCGCCGUCGACCAUCGCCAUGGACUUAAGCUACCCACUUGGAAGCGCCGAUGCCGCCUGCUUUCCUUUCCCCACCUGCUCUACCUCUUCGAAUCCGACCCCCCGCCGUCCGCCUUCCCCUUCCCCUUCCCCUCCCCUGCAGCAACGCCCGCGCCGCGAGCCCCCUCCGCCGACGAUGGCCACCUUAAACGCACCCGUAAGUUCUCCCGCAGUCUAUCCACCCCGUGCCUGUACUCCGCCGCCGCCCCCACAGCGGCCGCCGACGAGCCCCGUAGGGACAGCAUCGCGCGACUCGAGGUCGUUUCUGGUCGACGGUCCCGCACCAUCCACGCCCUCGUCGUCGAGGCCGCCAUCGCACUGGCAUCCGGAGCUACACCCGUCCCCGUCGCCGACGGCAUCAGCGCAGCGCACUACCUCUUCAACCGCUUCGGCCAGAGCUUCGCUGUAAUGAAGGUGAUGGACAUCGACGGCCCCCAUCCGCCGCAGCAGCAGGGGCGAUCAGCGCUCAAGCACCUGGCGGCUCAGGACAGCGACAUGGGCGUCCGCGAGGUCGCCGCCUACCUCCUCGACCACGGCGCCUUCGCCGAUGUCCCGCCUACGGCGCUGAUCACGAUCAGCCGUCCGAUUUCCUGCGAGCCGACGAAGGUGGUGACGAAGCGCAUCGCGUCGAUCCAGCGGUUCGUGGCCCACGAGUACGACGCGGGCGAGCUGGGGCCGUCGCGGUUCUCGGUGGCCUCGGUGCACCGGAUCGGGAUCCUCGACGUGCGGAUUCUGAACGUGGACCGCCACGCCGGCAACAUCCUGGUGAAGAAGGAGAACAGUGAGUGCGGGAACGAGGCGACGGCGGAGCUGGUGCCGAUCGACCAUGGGCUGUGCCUGCCGGAGCAGCUGGCGGACCCCUACUUCGAAUGGCUGCACUGGCCGCAGGCGGCGGUGCCGUUCUCGGAAGCAGAGGCGGAGUACGUGGCGAGGCUGGAGCCGUUCCGGGACGUCGAGUUGUUGCAGGCGGAGCUUCCGUUGCUGCAGGAGGCGAGCCGGCGCGUCCUAGUGGUAUGCACGACGUUCCUGAAGAGGGCAGUGGAGGCGGGGCUGUGCCUGGCGGAGAUCGGCCAAAUGAUGACACGGGAAUUCUCCGGCUUCAGCGAAGGGGCCAGCGAGUUGGAGACGCUCUGCGUCAGGGUGGAAGAGUCCAUGAGGGACACCUAUUGCUCGCCGCCCGAUCAUGCCCUGCAACAAAGGCAAAUCAUAAAGAACUGUUUUUUUCUUCUUCUUUUUUUAAUAAAUAUAUCCGCGUUAAAUCUAUUGAUUGUUUCAUCUUCUGCAAUUUAA